CUCCUGACGCUCGUUACUACUUAGUAACCCCGAUCUCUGUUGCCGCAGGUUUCUUCUCCGUUCCAGGCGCACGCAGAAGGGACCGCUGUACGCAUCCAGCGGCGACAAUGUUCGAGAUCGACUGGAGGGGCUUGUUGCUCCCCUUUGCCUACUUGGUCGUGCUGGGGGGCACCUUCAUGACCUUUUCUACCGUCUACCGGAAGAGGAAAGCCCUCCAAAGCGCAAACCUCGCCCCGUGGUUUGGCCCGCACCUGCAGCGGAAUAUCUACCUGUCACUGCUGCACAUGGAGCCCGAGGAAGGGCAGGAGAAGGCGCCCAAGGUACCCGAGAGCGUCAUUAGGGCGGCGCUGCUGCGGCGCGCCGUCGAGGACAUCCACCGCAUCAUCCAGAUCCGCACCGCCAAGACGGCGUGCAGCUCCCUGCUCCAGCGAGGCAGCGUGGGCGACGACCUAUGGCAGCGGUUUCAGCGCGCUGAGAAGGAGAUGGAAGACGAGCUGCGGGAUGUUGUCAUGGAGGCCAACGCCAUCGUGCCGGGAUGGGGCCAGAUAAUCUUCCAGUCGGCCAACGAGAUUGCCGCGAACAAGGCGUUCCGGGAUCGUCUCGAUGAGAUCGAGGAGCAGACGGAGCGCGAGAAGGAAUGGUGGGAGAAGCGCAGAGCCAGUAUCAAGAACGAGUUCAUGAAGGAGUUGGAGGAGGAGGAAAAGUCACAAGCCAAGGCGGGCAGCGAGGACGAGCCCGUCCUGGUAGAGACGAGUACCCCGUCAGCCACCCCGUCAGGGAGUUCGAAGAAGAAGAAGGGCGGCAAGAAAUAAGAUCUGAGACCUGGGACCUACCUGGGUUCGAGAGGGUGCCAGUGUGCCUGGUGUUCAUGAUUCUGGUACUGUACAGUAACAGAUAUGAGGCAUUUCGAGCUGUUGAUGCAUUGUUGCACGGCGUUUGGGUUGAAAAUGUGGUUUCGGUGUCUCGGAUCUACUUCACUUGCCCCCUUGGUUCUUUCGCUGCUGUCGGGGUCUAUUAGAGUUUUAGAAUGCGCUGGUUCCAUCUCAUCUGGUCUUCAUAUCCAUCUCAAUAAGCUAAUCCAGGAGUACAUAAUCAAGAAGCUUGUGGCCUCCGUUGGUAGUCAGUUGCCUAGCAUGAAGACUCAAUAUCCGGCACUCAGAGUGUUCUCUAUAGUAAAGACCAGAUGUAACCAGAAAAGCCUCCU